UCUGCUGUCACUGUUCGCCACACGUGUGAUUAUUUUAUUUCGUGUUUAUUUAAAUUUUAUAUCUUUUAAACGAGUAUUUCACUCAUUGCGAAUAGUUUUAAAUGUAAUUUGAGGAAUAAACAAAUAAUUCAAAAUGUCUUCGUGGAAGAAAGCUGCGAAAGCUAAUCAGAAAACUCACAGAGAACGUCAUCAACCUGCGACUAGAAAACAUUUAGGUUUAUUAGAAAAGAAGAAAGAUUACAAGAAGCGUGCUGAUGAUUACCAUGAGAAAGGAGAGACCCUGAAGCUACUCCGCAAGCGCACGCUUGACAAAAACCCAGAUGAGUUCUAUUUUCACAUGAUAAACUCCAGGGUUAAGGAUGGUGUCCAUCAUGAGGUAGAAAUAGAAGAUGAGUUCACACCAGAACAGAUAAAGUUGAUGCAGACACAAGAUAUUAAGUAUAUCAAUAUGAAACGGACAAUUGAAAGCAGACGGAUAAACAGACUUCAGUCCCAGCUCCACAUGACCGAGAUAGCAGAUUCCACUCCCAACACACAUGUGUUCUUUGUGGAUGAAGGGGAAGAGAAGACGUUUGAUCUGGCCAAGAGACUCGACACUCAUCCUUCUUUGCUCAACAGGAAGUCCAACCGUCCCAGGCUGUCGGAUUUGGGCAAGCUGGAUUUGCCGAAUAUUGAUAAACAGACUGCUGAAAGCAUGAAGAAAAAAAGAGAACAAGCAUACAAAGAGGUAUCCAAAAGGAUAGAAAGAGAAAAAGAAUUGACUGUUAUCCAUCAGAAAAUGGAAUUAAAGCGCCACCUUCAAGAUGCUAAAGUCCUCAAACCCAAGAAAAUUAAAAGAGGCACUAAGCAUUCUGCACCUGUAUAUGAGUUCCCAUAUAUUAGAAAGAAAUAAAACACUAUUAUUUA